CGCCAGCACUAAAGCGAACCGAACCGAAUUUGUUGUCAUUCCGGAAAAUGCUAUAAAUCCAUAAAUCGGAUCUAUAAAGGAUGGCCAACGCAGUGGUGGUGCUGGACAACGGGGCGUACACGGCCAAGGUGGGCCUGGCCAGCCAGGAGGAGCCGCAGGUGGUGCCCAACUGCAUAAUGAAGGCGAAGAGCGAGCGGCGGCGCGCCUUCGUGGGCAACCAGAUCGAGGAGUGCCGGGACACCUCGGCGCUCUUCUACAUCCUGGCCUUCCAGCGCGGCUACCUGCUGAACUGGGACACCCAGAAGACGGUGUGGGACUACAUAUUCAGCAAGGACGGCAUCGGUUGCACGCUGGAGAACCGCAAUAUCGUGAUCACGGAGCCGCAGAUGAAUUUCCAGAGCGUCCAGGAGGCGAUGAUGGAGAUGCUGUUCGAGGAAUACAGGGCGGCCGGGGUGUACAAGACCACGGCCGCCGAUCUGGCCGCCUUUAACUAUGUGGCCGACAGCGAGGAGCGCACCACCAUGCAAACGCUCAACUGCAUCAUCAUCGAUGUGGGCUACAGUUUCACGCACAUCGUUCCCUUUGUCCUGGGGCGACGCCUCCUCGAGGGCAUACGGCGCAUCGACAUGGGCGGGAAGGCGCUGACCAAUCACCUCAAGGAGCUCAUCUCGUACCGCCACCUCAACGUGAUGGACGAGAGCCAUGUGGUGAAUCAGAUCAAGGAGGACGUCUGCUUCGUGGCCGAGGACUUCAAGCAGGCCAUGCGCGUGCAUCAGUCGGAGGAGAGGCGGCGGGAGAUAUCGCUGGACUAUGUCCUGCCGGACUUCACCACCGUGAAGCGCGGCUAUGUCCGUGUGCCUGGGCAGCCGCGCGAGGACGAGGAUCAGCAGCAGAUGGUGCCGCUGUGCAACGAGCGCUUCACGGUGCCCGAGCUGCUCUUCAACCCGUCGGACAUCGGGGUGCCGCAGGUGGGCAUCCCGGAGGCGGUGGCCGAUUGCCUGAAGGCCUGUCCCUGGGAGGCGCAUCGCGAGCUGCUGCUCAACAUUCUCAUCGUGGGCGGCUGCGCCCAGUUUCCCGGCUUCCUGCCGCGCCUCAAGCGGGAUUUGCGUGCUUUGGUGCCCGACGACCUGGAGGUCUCGCUCAUCUGCCCCGAGGAUCCGGUGCGCUACGCCUGGUACGGCGGCAAGGAGGUGGCCACCAGUCCCAACUUCGAGGAGUUCGUCUACACGCGCGACGACUACGAGGAGUACGGCUUCCAGGGAAUCAAUCAGCGAUGAGCUUUCUUCACAUAACACACACACAAUAAACACAAGAAUCGAAGGGUAA